AUGUCCUUUUUCAGCACGCAACACUCAGAUGCUCUCCGUGCCAAUGUGGAAUCCUUCCGUGUCAAUGGCAAUUACACUGAUGUCACAAUUCUGAUUGAGGACAAGAAAUUCUCCUGCCACCGGGCCAUUUUAGCUGCUGGCUCUUACUACUUUAAGUCCAUGUUUUCAUCAGGAAUGGAGGAGACUCACAAAAGUUCAUUCACCAUCAAGCAGAUUGACCCAUUGGUGUUUGGGCAUGUCCUUCAUUUUAUAUACACUGGCAGCAUCACCAUCACAUCUGGCAUAGUGUUUGAACUCUUCUCCCAGUCUCACAUGUUUCAGAUUUCAACCCUUGUGGAGCUCUGUGUACAGUUCUUCAAGGAGAAGAUCAAUGAUUCAAAUUGUUUGUGUGCUUUGUCCCUUGCUGAUGCCCAUGCUCACACAGACCUGUAUGAAUUCACCAAGCAGUAUGCUUGUGAACACUUCACUUCCCUUGUGAACGAUGAAGACUUUAUAAGACUUUCAGGUGAAUGUGUUGUAGACUUGUUGAAGGACAGACGUCUCAAUUGUACAGCAGAGAGUCAGGUGUUUGAAGCAGCUGUAAGGUGGCUGGAAAAUGACAUUGAACACAGAAAAUCCUAUCGUUAUCAAAUGAUGACUUGUAUCAAAUUCCCUCUGAUUCGCCAAAGUUACCUGUUGGAUGUUGUCAUCAAAUCACCUCAUGUGGCAUGUGAAAAAGGACAAGAAAUGAUCGAGGAGGCUCUUUCUUUCCACACAGUGCCUUCCCGGCGCAACCUACUGCAUGCCUAUCAAAUCACACCUCGCUAUUCUUUUCCAUAUACAGAAGCUGCCGUUCUCCUGGGGGGUCGUGUGGCAGAUGGUCUCAGCAGUGAUGUUGAGUAUUAUCGGCCAGACACUAGGGAAUUUGUAUCUUUGAAGCCACUGCCAUUUAAGAAACGAAAUGAGUAUGCUGCCUGUGUCAUUGAGCUUGUUAGGUUGACCCUAUCUCCAUCUCUUUACCCUCAACAGUCCAUAUUUUUGGCUACUGCAUUUCCCAGUUUCUUCUGA